CUUCUAGCAUCGCCACAGAAGGAUAUCAAAGUUCACUUAACCUCACUCUCAUCCUUGCCACAAGCCUCUUCUCAACCCCAUCCACAAAACAACACGCGACACUCGAACUCCUUUGCCACUUUUCUUGACAAACAAGCAAAAUGGAUUUCGUUUUACAGAUGGCCGAUGAUUUGGUCUUGGACCGUUUCUGGGCAUGGGCUGUACCUGCUCUUCCCAGAUCAUUAGCAAACGCAGGAUCUUCGCAUCACGCUGUCUCAAACACAAUCCGCUCUUCAAAAGUUGCAGGUGCAAGACCAUCUUCCAGCACAACCUCCAAUUUCACAUCCCAUCUCAGUAAUGCAUGGGCAAGCAAUGCAACAAGCGGCAUGGAAGCUCUAGAUGGCGUCAGUGCUUGGGGACGUGACCAUCUUCUACGUCAAUGUCUUUCCCUAUAUGCAAUCACCUUCUUGGGUAUUCUCUUGCUUUACUUCUCUUUCGCUGGAUUCUCUUAUUACUUCGUCUUCAAUCACGAUAUGAAGAAUCACCCAAGAUUCCUCAAAAAUCAAGUUAAACUGGAAAUUCAAUGCUCUUUACGCGCUUUCGCUCCUUUGGACCUAUUGACUUUACCUUGGUUCAUCGCAGAAGUUCGGGGUCAUUCGAUGUUGUACGAAAACAUUUCCGAUUACGGAUUGGCCUAUGCAAUCUUCAGUAUUCCAUUCUUCCUCGUCUUUACGGAUGCAUGCAUCUACUGGGUUCACAGACUAGAACAUCAUCCAAGACUGUACAAGCAUAUUCACAAGCCCCAUCACAAAUGGCUCGUUCCAACUCCGUUUGCCUCUCAUGCAUUCCACCCAUUGGACGGAUACGCACAAUCUUUGCCUUAUCACAUCUUUGUGUUCUUGUUCCCUCUUCACAGAUUUAUCUAUAUUGGAUUAUUUGUGUUUGUUAACUGCUGGUCAAUCUUGAUCCAUGACAGUGAUAUGAUUUGCAACAGUCCACUAGAAAAAGUUAUCAACGGACCUUCUCAUCAUACCCUACACCACCUUUAUUUCAACGUCAAUUACGGUCAAUACUUUACUGGAUGUGAUCGUUUGGGAGGAUCGUAUCGGGCACCUAAAGCUGAAGAUGAUCCACUUUUGGAUGUUGGAAAAGAAGUGAAGAAAUCACAAUAAAUGUGGCGAUAGAAGAAAAAGAAAAAACCUUUUCUGUAUGGAUGAACGGACAAUCAUUUCUCGUCAUAUGCUCACCAAAGUGUCUGACAAACUUUUCAACGUAUUUUACUUGUUUCAAUGUACACAGCGGCAAAAUCUCUUGUCUCGACCAUUUUUUUUUGGGAUUUUCAUGCAACUCCAAGUUUCUGUGUACAUUUAUACCCUCUUUUUUUAUCUCUUUUCAUCCUCUUUUUGCUACGUUCGCACGGCAGCUUUG